AUGGCUCAAGUGCAGUACCCUAGACCUCAACAGAACCUUCCUGAUCCAGGGAAUCAAGAUCAGAACCAAGAUGGUCAACCCGUAGCCCAGAAUCAAGGUGGUCAGCCCGUAGGUCAGAAUCAAGGUGUGCAGCCCGUAGCCCAGAACCAAGGUGGUCAGCCCGUAGCCCAGAACCAAGGUGGUCAGCCCGUAGCCCAGAACCAAGGUGGUCAAACCGUAACCCAGAACCAAGGUGCUCAGCCCGUAGGUCAGAACCAAGGUGUGCAGCCAAUCGCUCAAAAUCAGAAUGAACUUGAGUCCAUUACCUGGUCAUGGGAAAUGAAUAAGGAAUUUGAUAACACCAUGAUGUCGCACUCUAAAACUGGAAUUUCUAAUCCAAUCAAGUGGUUGGAUUUCUGUGGGAACCCCGUCGAGGUUAGCAGAGACAUGACAGCCCAUGAAAAACUAGCAGAGAAAGUGAACAUCCUAUGA